AUGGCUGGCUUGAAGGAGUCUUUAGGCUUUGUACAUUUCAAGGAAAAUAAACCAUUAUCUGAAGAAAUUCCCGAUCCAUCACCUCUUGUUCUGCCUGGAUAUAAUUUACCAGAGAAUAUUUUCAAUCACGGCAAACCUUUUUACGCAGAAAAGGAUUCUUUAACAGGAAAAAUUGAUUUUCAGCAAAAAUCUCCUGUUGCGAAAACUGAUGACGACUUGUACGAUUAUGUAGAUGAACCAAACAGCUCGAAUAUUUAUGACAAAGCAAAUAUAGAUCGUAAAGAUGGCAGUCUAAGUAGUCAUCGCCCAAGUGAUGUUAACCAAUUAAUUCCCAAUUUUCAUGACUUUUUGAACUUGCCCGUCAAAUAUAACUCAGCUAAAUAUGUAUAUCCUUUGAUUUCUAGCUCUUACGCCAGUACAAAAUAUCAAGGAAGCGUGAAUAAAUUUCACAACCACAAAGAUUAUCCCAAUAAAAUGACAACGAAAAAACCGUUGGUUAGUCCAACGUAUUAUUCUACGGAGAAAUACUUUAGAGUUACAUAUACAACAACAACCCCUACAACUACUACGACACGAACAACCACCACAACAACACAAAAACCACAAGAAACAACUAAAUCAAUUAAUCUUUUAAAUACAGGAAUGGGUGUAGGAUUCUCGGAAGAAUUUGAAGAUUAUUAUGACACGACUGUUGAUGUAACUACGAAAAAACCAAGUACAACAACCACUAAACGUUCGACACCUAGUACAACAGAAUUUCGUAAAAUUGUCCAUACAACUCCCAGACCAACAAGCACAACAACUAAAAAAAUGUUAAGUUUAUUUGAACAACUCUUUGGAGAAUAUGACGAUGAUAUUUCUGCUACCACUACAACAUCCACUACAACUACAAAGCCCACAGAAAAAGUGAAAACACAAAAAACUACUAUAAAACCUUCUACUACAAGUACUACCACAACAACAACUACUACUAUGAAAACGUAUAUUAGUAAUCCACCUAGAAAACACGUUUAUUCUACAGAACCCGAAUUCAAUUAUGAAUAUGAAGAUAUUGGCGAUAAUAUUGCUGUUGAAAGUAAACCUGUAGUGACAAUUGAGAAUGAUUUAAAAGUACAGCCUUUGCAUAAAAAUACUACUGAAAAAUCCUCAGAUGUAACUACUGUAAAAUAUGUAAAAAGUACUGAUUAUUACGAUUAUCCUGAUGAAAACCCUGUUGUUACCACCACAACUAAAAAAUCGUUCGUUACACCACCAUCUACUAAUAAAGUUACAUCCUUACCACUUGGUGAAAACCAUUUAACAACUUCAGGUUAUGAGCCUUUUAAACAUCGAGACCCAAUAAUAGUGGCGACACAGAAUCUCAGAGAAAAAUUAAACAGCGAGAAAGUAAUACCACGACCAUUCGAAAAACCAUCUAUACCAAGUCAGAAUAAUGUUCACAUACCUCAUGAUCAAAAUUCAGUAUCGUUUGUCUUAGGAAACCAACAAAAUGUUAAUGGAGUUUAUUAUGACAGUAAUCCUUUUAGACCUUAUUAUGGCAAUGAUACUGUUGGAAGUGCUGUAACUAUCCAACCUCAAAGAAACUCUGAGGCUUCUCUUGCCAUCGGUGUCCCUGUUAAUGGUAUAAACAAACAAACUCCUGGACAAGUGCUUGAUGAAAAAUUGGAACUAGAUAACCCUUUAAUAAGUCUACAAGAUUCUACAAAAACAUUAACCAGUAAGGUUGUUUUCCCUAACGAUAAACAACCUGAAUAUCCUGAUUUUAUGCCUCCGCCUCCACCCAGUAGACAACCAGCGACACCCAACAGAGAAAUACUACAAUUAAAUUCGGGUCCUAUUCUUCAUCAGCUGCCAAGUGAUUUAACACCUCCAAGGGAACAAGAAGUGAUGGCGCCCAAGAGACCUUAUAGUAGACCUCCGUGGGAUCCAAGACCAGGACAUUUUUACAGUGAUAAUCCACCUGAAGAAAAAGGAAGCGAUGAUCAACCCGGUUUGUAUCAGACGCCACCGCAAAUCAAAAUAGCCAAUAGAAGAGCCGAUACUGAUGUUACCGAAGUGGAGACUCUACAAAUGAUUCAAGCGAAAAACGCUGAUAAGAGGAACAAAGAUCCCCCUGGUUUUCAGCCCGUUGUAAAUAUUCAACCCGAAAAAGAUAUUAAAAUCGACAAUAAUGACAAAACCAUAUAUAAGGUGUAUCCAGUAAAUUCUGCUCCAAUAAAAUUAGAUGUAAUCGAUGACAGCAACAAAAAAGAAAGUGUGGUGAUAGGAACUCGUUCGGAACGUCCCUUGCCGCCAUCUAAAAUAAACCAAGACUUUGAUUUGCUGUUUGAUACCAAGGAUAGAAACGACGAUCCGAUUUUAAAACCACAUAAGCCUCCUCCAUUUCCUGUAAAGUCUGAUUUUCCUUAUCCUCUAGAACGUCCGGGAUUGGAACCUAAUCUUAAUGUAAUGCCAGUUCCGGAAGCUCCUUCAAAAAAUGGAAACGACUUAGAUGAGCCUGAUUAUUUUUCAAACAAUCAAUGGAACAGUAUUGGAGAUACUUAUGAACCAAAAAUCAUCACUGGCCAAAAAAUUACUGGUAUAAACCAAAUAUCCGUAACGCUCAAAACCCACACCGACAAACCCAUCGCUGUUGCUUAUACACCAACGGAACCGAAUUCUAUCGUAGACAAAUAUUCGAUGCCAAAUUACGGAUCUCCAGUCAUACCCGAAAUAAGGCCCGGCGAUUCUAAUAAAGUGUUUACAGUUAGCGCUGUAAUGCAUGCUCAUCAUGAGAGUCCAUCUGGAAUUGUAAGUAGCGUUGAUAAUAUACAUAGAAUCGAUGAAACUUCUAAUCAUAAAAACGAUUUGAGCGUACCCGAUUAUCCAAAGUUGGAUUUCGAAGCGCCGUUUCAGGCUAGUUUAAAUAUUGAAAAUACGAUGAAUCAAGGAUGGUCCGUGGUAGUCCGAAACAAGAACACGACAACAACAGAAUCUCCAGAGGCAACAACUCUUCCUUAUGCCACGACUAGCGAAUUCGACAUCGAAAAUUUCAAACCACAACUCGAAGGAGGUUUUAAACCAAUUUUCAAUUUUCCCGACGAGGACAAAAAGUUCGUAGAUACCAAAGUGAGUGAUAGGGACGAGUGA